AUGGUAGAAGUUAAAUAUUUUAUUCCAAACAAGUCUAGAAUGGUUGUUUCGCUCCUGGGCGAUAAGGAUGUUCGGAAUAUGCAUCAAAUACACGUCAACUUAAAUGCGCCGGUGAUCGAGUUGGUUGUUAGUCAUAUUCCAUGCUUGAUCGAAGCAGCCGAUGUCGUAAUUGAUAUGAGGGAUAGUGGCCCAUCCCAAAAUGUUGAGUGUAGUUGCCGAUCAAAAUUUUUUUCAAAGGGUAGCUUAAGUAAUUUCGGUCGAGUUGUUGAAGAAACAAGAGCUGCAAUUGAAGAGCAACCUAGUCAAAGAAAUUCUUUGGAUGCUUGGAAAACUUCUAUUGAGGGUGUUGGUCCGGAGUUCAAUGAUGUGGAAACUCUUCGCGACACGAUUCGCAACUUUUGCAUUGCAAAUUGUAGAGAUUUUGUAUUUGUGAAGAACGAUCGCCUGCGACUGACCGUGGAAUGUGCAUACGAAGGAUGUGAAUGGCGUAUCCAUGCUUCCCGACUUGGAAAUCAAGAAAGUUUUGCAAUUAAAAAAAUGAAUAGUCAGCAUACAUGUGGCAGAGGGUUGCAAGUCCGGUCGCAUCCUAAGGCUUCGAAACGUUGGGUUUCAAACAUAGUUAAAGAAAAACUUCAAGAUAUGCCGUUAUAUAGGCCGACUAAUAUCGUAAAGGAUAUUCGUCGAGAAUAUGGUGUUGAAUUGCCGUAUCAUCAAGCUUGGCAUGGCAAGGAGGUGGCUAUGAAGGACCUUUAUGGUCACAGAUCAAAAUCUUAUGACCGGAUAUGCUAG